ACACAACAACCUCACCAACUCCACCAUGUCCACCGCCAAGUCCCCCCUCGCCCGCUACCGCCAACUCGCACCCAAUGCCAGCGUCCGAGUCUCGCCACUCUGCCUCGGAGCCAUGACAUUUGGUGAGUCCGGCAGACAAAUCAAUGGAUUUACGACCCUCGCCGAGACAAACGCCAUUCUCGACGCCUUCUACAAUGCUGGCGGCAACUUCAUCGACACGGCAAACGGGUACCAAGCCGGAGAAUCCGAGAGACGUCUAGGCGACUGGAUGGCCGCCAAAGGGAACCGUGACGAAAUGGUUAUCGCGACCAAGUUCACCGCAGGCUACAUGGGCGCUGAGCCGGAUCGGAUUCAAGUCAAUUUCUCGGGCACGGGAUCGAAGAGUAUGAAACUGAGUCUCGACGCGAGUUUGAAGAAGCUCCAAACCCACUACGUCGACAUCCUCUACCUCCACGUCUGGGACUCCUCAACCUCCAUCCCCGAACUCAUGCACAGCCUCAACGACCUCAUCCUCGCCGGCAAAGUCCUCUACCUCGCCAUUUCCGACACCCCCGCCUGGAUCGUCUCCAAAGCAAAUCAAUACGCCCGCGACCACGGGCUCCGCCCCUUCGUGCUCUACCAAGGCCUCUGGAACGCCGGAAAACGAGACUUUGAACGGGACAUCAUCCCCAUGGCGAGGGACGAGGGAAUGGGUCUCGCGCCGUGGGGACCCAUUGGAGAAGGGCGGUUCAAAACCAAAGAUGUGCUGGAGAAACUCGAAAAGGGAAAUCGUGGACUCGCCAUCACGCAGCGGGAUCGGGAUGUCUCCGCUGUGUUGGAACGGGUAGCGGAGAAGAAGGGACGGACGAUGUAUCAGAUUGCGAUUGCGUAUUUGAUGCAUAAGACGACUUACGUCUUUCCGAUCGUGGGGAGCACGAAGGCGGAGCAUUUACAGAGUAAUAUUGAAGCGUUGACGAUUGAGUUGACGAAAGAGGAGAUGGAGGAGAUUGAGGGGGCGUAUCCGUUUGAUCAUGGGUUUCCGCAUACAUUUUUGUCAGGCUCGCAUUUUGAGGGCGAGGAUGCGAAGCCUAGGCAGGUCGAAGGGCCGCAGGAUGUCAUGUUCAAUGCGGCGAAUAUUGACUGGGUGAAGGGCCCGCAGCCGAUUGUGCCGGGGCAGGAAGAGCAGGCGAAGACCACGUUGAAGUGAACGCUUU